AUGCAGCUUGCAAAACCAACAUCUCCAACAUCUAAAUUCAAAUCAUUAAUAAUCCGAUCUUUAUCGACAUCGGUUAUGUAUAACCGCAUAUUACGAUUUGUGGCUUCAUAUCUAAAAGCAUUAUGCAACUUUGUUUCUGGUUCAUCCACAGUCCAACUAGUAUUCAAGAGAAUGAUGGCACCAUCUUGGCGUAAAACUAGCCCAUCAUAUAAUGAAAUGGAAACAUCAUCCAAUAAUGAAGAAUCCAAAUUGUAUGAUCAAUCCAUGUUUGAAGAAACCUGCUCCGAAACCGCAAUACGUUUGGUUGUCUUUUAUAAAGCUGCCAAAAAAUAUUAUGACAAGAGAUUGACUUUGGAAGAUUCCUGGGCUGCUUUCACACCAUCGAAAAUAUGUAAAUAUGGUGAUGAUGUUGAUGUGGAUAUCGAAAUUAAAUUAAUGCAAUUUCCUAAACUCUUUACGUCUUUAAAUCAAUACCCUAAUAAUUCUAAAAGUAUUAUUAGCUCUAAAAGUUUUAUAAGUCCUUUAACACUAACAGUUCUUGAUCCAUUCGCAUUUAUUUUUCCCAACGAUCUCGAGGAUUCACAUGCUAACGCAUUUCAAAUUCUCCAACCUACCUUCCGAGGACCAGGUCAAGUGAUAGUAUACCUAUGGAAAAAUUUUGGACUAGCUUCAAAUACACUUAGUCACGAGGCUGUCAAAAAAAUCUACGUAGCAAGGAAUAAAUCAUCAGAUGAUCUGCCUAUUCUUCUUCAUUACCAAAUAGCAUCAAUUUAUGAACCUGUAAUAAAAAAAAUUUUGGCAGUGCCAAUUAACAAUAUUAUUGCCAAAACCUGA